GUAACAGAUUGGUUUUCUAUCCAAAAAAGAAAAGUAACAGAUUGGUUGGAUUGGAUGAAUCCAGCAAUAUAAACUUAAAUCCUAACAGCUCAGGCGGGUUAAUGGGGGCUAAUCUCUAUUAGUGCUUGUCUGACAAAUUUUUGUGCUAAGCAAGAAGGAAGAGAGAGAGAGAGAGAGCAUUGAGAAGCACGUGGUGUUGCAUGCCUCAGUCCCCGCCGCUCUCUUUUACAAAACUGAAACAAAAACCAAACUGAAAAGACUCCAUUUCUUCCUCAUCGUCAUUCACACCUCUCUUGUUCUCUUCCUCCUCUCUUUCUAUCUCCGAAACAAGAGAACAUCUAUUCAUUGCAGAAAAGUCUCUCCCUCAUUCUCCUCUAAGACAUUUUUUUUUUCCUUUUUCUUUUUGUUUGUUUACUUCUCUGUUAUUUCUCUGCAACUUGGCCAGCACUCAUACUCGGCACAGUGUAUCUUGCGCCUGCUCGUUCUCGCUCUCCUUGCAGUGCUUUGAUGCUUUGUCUCAGCCUUUUUUUACUAGAUUCUGCGCACGGUUGCUUCUCUUUCCCUUCAUUUGGUCAUUCUAUUUAAUUAUAACUUAUCAAUGCUAUCAUGAACGUCCAAUUUCUCUACUUCGGCCCCCAAGAUAACUAACCUUCUGCUAUUGGUCUUUUCUUAAUCUUUGAAUUUGGGAACCCGUUUGGAGGUUUUGCUUUAUGGGUUUAUGGUUUUCCCUUCUUCUUGUUGAACCCUUGCACCUCCCCCCUAAAUCUCUAAACUUUCAACCUGUUCAUCGAGGUUUUGGUUAAUGGGCAUUGUUGCUCCAUUUUUCUGCAUUAAGACCACUCGUUCGAUGUGGGUUUCUCUCUAGAGUUCUAGAUUCUGAAGCAGAGCCUGUGCAUUCUCAAAUGGGAGAGCUUCAAUCCUGUGCGAGCUUACUUAAUGCUUCUGCAUUAUGUGCUAGAAGUCGAGGGUGCUCUUUAGAAUUUUCUGUUCCUUCGGCUCCGCUGAGCUGUGAAGAACUAGAAGUGAAAAGAGAGGGUGUCAAUAUCGCAGAGAUUUUGGCCGAGUUGCAGAGGGAGCGGAAGAAGAAUGCAGAGCUUAUGGAGAAGAUAUCCUUAUUGGAAGCUCAAAUACAGGAGAGAGAAAAGGCCUCUCUCCUCAUUCCUGGACAUGAUGUUUGUCAUAAUGGAGCAGAGAGAAGCUUUAAGAAGUUCAAGAGACAAAAGAUAGAAAAUGAUGAAGUUGCAGGAAGUUCAAUCUUGUCUGAACAGAUAAAGCAUGACAUUCCAUGCCAAGCCGUUGAAGAAAUCAAUCAACAGGACUGUCUAGUAAACUGGAUGAGCAUGGAUGAAACCCAGCUUCUGAAUUUUGAAAAAUAUAAAGAUGGUGACUGUGGUGCAGAUUAUGAAGAUACCGAUGACAGUGAUGAUGAAGAUGACGAGUGCUGCGAUGAGGAUGAUAUUGAUAUUGAUGAUAAGUACAGGCAGAAUGAUGGCAUUUCACAAGUUGCAGAUACAGUGAAAAGAAAUGCCCAUGAAGGCAUUGAUGGGGAAAAAGAUAAAUCAUGCUCAGGAAAUCCAGCUGGUGGUCAGAGUGAACCAAAGGAACCAAAUGCAAGUGAAGACAUAAAUGGAUAUCAAAACAAAGGCCUGUUAGUAACUGAUUCACAAAUUAUUAACAACAAGAAAGAACAUAAAAGGCAUUACAAAAAAGAAAACAGAAAGAUUGGAGGAUACAGAGUGCCAUCAGAAAUCCAUAGCUCUGGACAUGAGACUGGGCAAAAAGCAUUAGGAAACACACCUUUGCAUAAAAAGCCCCCAAAGGUAGCCUUCUGUCCAAAAGAAGUCAAGAGAAUAAUAGUGUCAGAAGUGCUUUUGCUGAAAAAUGCUCAAUCUCACACCAUAAGGAAAAUCAUUGUCUUUGCAUCUCUUGGCAUAAGGCAUGGGUGUGAAGAUAUGUAUGAAUUAGAUUUCAAUCAUUUUAGCAUACUGAGAAAGGGAGAGCCCUAUGUAUCCCCAAAUAAUCCUGGGGAACAUGUUCUAUAUGAGCAUCCUGGUGUCCGGAGAAAAAUAUUCUAUCCCAACCGACAGAAUCCUACACUCUGUCCUGUUAAAAUACUUGAGGAGGAGAAGACUAUGCGCCCAUCUGAUCCGAGCUGCCCAUCUUGCUUAUUUUUGUGCAUCAAAUAUGGAGGGAGGACAAGAAAUCUUCCUCAAAAUGAAUAUGUGAGGCAGCGGAUGGGAAGGAACAAGCUAAAAUCAUUUGGACCCCUUAUGUGCCAGAUAGCAAUGCUAGUCAAUAUUCGUAGUGGGAGCUUCUUCUUCAAGGCCUUAGGUAUUACACUUUUGUUCAUGGCUGGUUUUCCUGAUGACCUUGUUCGAAGGGAGACGAAGUACCGGAACCUGGACCUGCUUCAAAAAUAUUAUAGGACGGAUAGAGAUGCUGAAGGGGAGGAUUUGUUCCAUCAACAUCCAGUGCUUUAUGACACUGCUAGUCCAAAUUCACAGCACGUGGCAGGGAAGGCAAUUUCAAGCAAAUCAAGCGGCAAGAGGCAAACAGCUUCCACAAGUAAGCCUCCAAAUUUAACUAGAUCCUCAAUCCUACAAUCCAUUCCUUCGAGCUCUCUACCUCCUAUGCAGUUUGGGCUUAUAGGAUAUACCUCUGUCCAUGGUCCUGCGAUGACAGCAUUUCAAUCUGUGCCAUCUCAUACUCUAACAGAAACCCCACCAAUCUCCAACCCUGCUAUAGGCACUUCUAACACAAAUAUGUCCUACCACACAAAUCAGACGCCAACUCCAUAUCCCAUGUUUCCACCACACCCAUCAAACACAUUUAUGCCAAUCACAUAUUGGCCUCAGACGAAUGCAUUCCCUUCAUGUCCUUACCCAGCUUCUUAUGGUUACCGUUCUUUCCAUCCAACAAGUUACAUCUCUCUUCACCCACAACCUUAUUACCCUUCUGGCAGUCCUUUUAUUCCCAAUGUGGUUGAAGGAACUCAGAAGAAAGAUGCAGCCACACAAGAAGCUGAUAGUAACUCUGACAGCAGUUCAGUUGGUACAGAGCUGAAAAAGGAUUAGCAAAUUGUAAGUAAUGAACAACCCUUUCCUGUAAAUCUGUCAAGUAGAACAUUACGCAUGUAGCAAUGAAAUCUUUUUGAGGAAGACAA